CAUCUCUUGUACUCUUCACAUUUCUUUGUCAAUAAGUAGUUCUCUCUUAGCCUAUAUCCCGCACUCUAAGACAGUAGUAUAGCCUAUCCAAACGCCGCCAUGAACGCUAAGGUCUUGCUCGCCCUCAUUCCCCUCCCUGCGUCUAGCGGUGUCAGUGCCUCUGUCACUACCAAGGCAUCUGGUAGCGCUUCGCCAACUGCCACUUCCUCACAUGCUACCAAGGUAUCGCCCGCCGCUUCCUCGCAGGAUACCAAGGUGUCAUCGGUCGCUUCCUCGCAGGACACUAAGGCGUCGCCUACUGCUUCCUCACAACCCACCAAGGCAUCUGGGACUGCGUCUAAGACCAGCAAGAACGGUGCUGGACAGCUCACUGCUGGUAUUGCGGCUGCCGCCGUCAUUGCUGUAGCCCAGUUCCUCUGAUAUCUUUUCAGUAAGCUUAUUCUACCUUGUGAAUUCGAUCAAACACGCUUUUGUUUUAAAGA